UGUGGGCCCAUGCAUUCUGGGUAGGUUGGUAGUUUCAUGGAGGAUUUCUGCGGCUUUGUUGUGGGUACAGCGGUGCCAGUGCCGUGAAUUUUUCCCGUGGGCAGCUACGUUUUCGAGCGAUCGCCGAGUGUAAGCCACUCGGCGGAGACGGGGACCGGGUCUUGUCGUGCGUUUCGCGGCCAUGGAACUUCGAUGGGAGCUGUUAGCGGCCGCAAACUCUCACCCAUGACAUCCACGGCUAGCCACCGGAGGAGCAGCAGCGAGCUAAGCCUAGCGCCUAGGCCUAACUUUUUCGGCGUUCGCGGACGCAGGGAUGCAAAGACGUGAUUGCAAAGAGGCCAGAGAAGAGACACCCCGGCGUACGUCCAAGGCAAGCGUCGGCGCGAGAGCUAUGCAUUCGCAAACAAGGCCUACGGGAUCCAGUAACUCUGGCGUGUUGAUGGUGGGACCCAACUUCAAAGUGGGAAAGAAGAUCGGCUGCGGCAACUUCGGAGAGCUGCGACUAGGAAAGAACCUGUACAAUAAUGAACAUGUUGCAAUUAAAUUGGAACCGAUGAAAUCCAAGGCUCCUCAGCUUCACUUAGAAUACAGGUUUUACAAACUUUUAGGAAAUAAUGAAGGCAUCCCCAAGGUAUACUACUUUGGCCCGUGCGGCAAGUACAACGCCCUGGUGAUGGAGCUGAUGGGGCCGAGCCUGGAGGACCUGUUCGACCUGUGCGAGCGCAAGUUCUCCCUCAAGACUGUGCUGCUAACGGCCAUCCAGCUGCUGCACCGCAUCGAGUAUGUGCACGCCAAGCACCUCAUCUACCGGGACGUCAAGCCCGAGAACUUUCUCAUCGGGCGCCAGUCGACCAAGAAGCACAGCGUCAUCCACAUCAUUGACUUCGGCCUGGCCAAGGAGUACAUCGACCCGGAGACCAACAAGCACAUUCCCUACCGGGAGCACAAGAGCCUCACGGGCACGGCGCGCUACAUGAGCAUCAACACCCACCUCGGCAAAGAGCAAAGCCGGCGGGACGACCUGGAAGCCUUGGGCCACAUGUUCAUGUACUUCCUGAGGGGUAGCCUCCCCUGGCAGGGCCUGAAGGCCGACACCCUCAAGGAGCGCUACCAGAAGAUAGGAGACACCAAGCGGGCCACGCCCAUCGAAGUGCUCUGUGACGGAUACCCAGAAAUGGCGACGUACCUGAGGUACGUGAGGCGGCUGGACUUCUUUGAGACGCCCGACUACGACUACCUGAGGAAGAUGUUCCACGACCUGUUUGAGCGCAAGGGCUACGUAGACGACGGGGAGUUCGACUGGACGGGGAAGCAGAUGUCCACCCCGGUGGGGUCGCUGCAGACCGGUCAGGAGGUCAUCGUUUCCCCAAACAGGGAGAGGCACAUAACGACCAAUGCUCGGUCCAACCCCCAGAAAAACGCCUGGCUGGACCAGGGCGGGGGCAACCCUCGCCAGGCGGGCAACACGCUGCUUGCCGAGAAGCUGGGCCAGCCGGGGCCCCCCCAGGGCUCGGUGCAGGUGGUGAGCUCCACCAACGGGGACCUGGCCAACGACGACCCCACCACGGGCCACUCCAACACCCCCAUCGCGCUGCCUGUGGAGGUCGAGGUGGUCUCGGACACCAAGUGCUGCUGCUUCUUCAAGAAGAAAAAGAAGCUGGGGCGGCAGAAGUGACUGGCCCUGGCCACGGCCGCCUCGGGGACCCCAGACCAGGAGGCGGUGCUGCUGUGGGCCUCUCCGUCGGACUCCAAGGAGAGCGUCGGGGGAGGCCACACCCGUCCGGGGCCCCCCUCCCUGCCCUCGCCUGCCACCACCCCGGCAACCCUCAACGUGCUGGUCGUCAUGGACGGGAGCAACAACACCCUCGCCACCUCCUCCGUCUUCUAAUUUAUUGGCGCCGGACGGCGACGCGACGACCUGCGGAGCGAUACGGGGAUGUUUGCCGCGGACGGCGCCGGCGUCACGCCGGCCGAGCACCUUUUUUGACGCCGAUCGUGAUUAGUCGAGCGCUCUUUCCGCACUUCGGUUGCGUUGUCUCAAAGAGCUCUUGGUGCUUCGUCGACGCGGCGUGAGCGACGUCCUUCGCCGAACGGGCGCGCCCCCCUCCGACGACGCCGUAGGCCUCGGCGUGCGCACGCGAGUUGCAGACGACGGGGCGAAGCACGCGCGUUCGGCGACGAGCUGUUUGCGACGGUCGAUUAGACGUCCCUGGCAGGGCGUCUGGCAUUAAGGGUUCCACACUGUGAUUAGGAGGUUUGGCGUCGUCUGCCGGCGUUCGUACGUCGAGGCUUGGGAACACGCAAGGUCGGCUCGCUCGAGAGGCCGAAGGGCAGGCUCUAUACCCCUGUCUCGGAGAAGAGCCGGACUCAGAUUGGUGGAGGGGGGGGUGCAGGCCAACAACGGGGUUGGGGACGGUUGGCGAGGGGAACGUGUCGAUUGCCUCCGCGUGCCGUUGUGCUUUACGUGCGGUGUGGCCGACAUUGUCGUUGAGGCAAACUCCGUCUCUCUCGCCCCUGCGGAUGAACUCUACUUCUGUGGCGGGCGUGCACCACGGCCGGACUCAUUUCCCGUGGUCCCCCGACGGCAGACCGGUAACCCCUCUUUCGAGUCCGAAGCCUGGCGGUCCCCGCCCUCCCUUUUGUCGGAGUGGGUUUGCUGGAUUGUUUUUCGGGUGAAAAAGAAACUUACGCUCGCUGGCGAGUUAGGUUUUUACUUCGUUCUUUUUUUCUUUUAUUGAAAUUUUUUUUUCUUUCUUUUUCUUUUUUUUAUACGUUUGGAAGCGAUUUGUGCUGCCCGAGGUGGCACUGCUAGGAGGUAGAGAGGGAGUCUCGAGGGGGCCGGAUUGCACGGCACGCCUUCGUUGGCUGGAGAGGUCACGGAGACGACGGAGCCUACAGCUCGGCAAGAAUCUGACUUACCGGGAGAAUUGAGGAGGGCCUACGAAACCAUAAUCAUGUACAAAUUGUAAAGAAUAGUUUUGUUUUUUUCUUUGCUUGUGUUUUUCUUUUUUCUUCGGGAGAAGGUGUGCAAAGGAAGCUACGUGCAAAAAGAAAAAGAGAAGCUUGCCUAUCCGAGUUUUGCGUUACAAGGAGAAGUCGCGCUCCUUAGCUUGGGGUCGAACUUUUGGUGGGGGUUGUGAUCCCCUUGCGCCUCCCCCCCCCCCCCCCCCCCUUCAUCGCUGCCCCACGUCACACAUACCCUCCCCCGCCCCAUCCCCGCCCCCACCUCCAGCGGCCGUACGUGACGCCCCCGGUAGCGAGGUUGGCUUUACCUGCCACCACUGACGAGCGUGCCAGUUUGUCUGUUUGUUGUAUCAUACAUUUAUCUGUACCUUGUACAUAAGAAACAUAAUAGGUGAAGCAAACACAAGGACAUCUCCCCCACCUCCGCUUUUUUCUUCUUUUCUGUCACGUCCGCGUUUGGUCGAAUUUUUUUUUUUUCCUCCUCCUUUCCGCUUGGGGGUUGAUGGAUCUUUUUUUCUUGUUUGUCGAUAUUGCCAGGAGCCAACAGCUUUUUUGAAAGAUUGUUGUGAGAAAGUUGGAGAAGGGGGUGUGUUGAAAGGAGUUUGGUCGCCACCGCCGCAAAGCGACGGCGCGGCGGCAUCAGCCGAGCGCGCGGCGGCGCUGCCUGGUCGGAAUCGUGUUGUCCUCCGCGGUACUUAGUCAUUUUUUGCGGGAGGGGUUGUUUGCGCGCCGCGGAAGAGAAAAAACAUAAAAAAAUAAAUACACCCCCGAUUUCCGGAAGCCGUGUUACCUGUGUCUCACAAUGGAAUGAAUGGCUUGAUCUCAUGCACUGCUUUUUUUGUUUAUUCGUUUAAUUUUUUUCCCUCGUUUAUUCUGUCGCGUCAACGUCUACGUGUCUGUCGCAGGAAAAAGAAGAAAAAAAAACACUUGCCCGCACAAUCUAUUCAAAAGGGUGGAUCUUUUCUUUUGUUUGCAGUUUUCUGCCCUCUGUUUUGUUUUCUUUUCCUAAUGUUUUUUUUAGUUGUUAAAGGCCGCUGUUUUUCGACUGCUCGUCGCUUGGAACAACGCAAUACCGGUGUAUUUAAUACUGUCUUUGUGCCAGCGGGGUCGACUUUCCUUUGGUCGCGUGCUCCAUGGCGCGCAAAAACCUGCUUUUUUUUUUUUUUUUUUUCCUUUGUAGGGGGCAGGUUUAUUUAGGCUUUUUUUUUACUUCGUCUUAGUAGGAGCUUGUACGGUUGCCUUGACGGAGGGAUGCGGCUUAGAUGCCCCUAGGCGUUCCCCCGCUCGAAGGCGACAGCGGUAGAGAGAGAAUGGUCGUGCACGGACAAAAAGACGCACGUGCGCAGUUCAUUAAACGUGCCCCGUUAGGUUUUUAGAAGCCGCCGAACACAGUCCCAAAGUGGCGUUAACUAGCGCGCAUCGUGGCGGCGACACGCGUCUGCAAGAUGUGCUUAGCACCGCAGUUCCGCAUUCUGAGAAACUAAAGUGCCUGCCUCUCUGUCUCUCUCUUAAAUGGAAAAAAAAAAAAAAAAAAAGUUGCCGCAGUUUGCUGCAGUGUGAAUAAUAGGAACACUUCCGAACCGGCUCUAGCUGACGCCGACGGCACAUCCGAAGAGCGCGCACAUUUUGGUGACAAACGUUCUCUUCUGCCCCCGCCGUCUUUGAUGACGAUGAUGAUGAUGAUGAUGCCACCGGUGUGCCGUAGUCUCGUCGUCUUUUUAGUCUGUGUGGCAAGCCAAAGAUGCAAGGUGGGAAAUUAAGGAGUGCUUGAAAGCCGAUCAAAACCGUUGCUGAUGAUGAUAUUUUUUUCCUUCCGUUGGAGUGGGCGUUUGGUCGGUAGCACAUUACUACAUCGCAUUACACGUGUUCAUGACAGUUGUGAUAUAAUCGGUUAGGGGGAAAGCCUUCUGAAAAAGCAGCAGGAUUUCCCUGCUUUCUCGUCCUCUAUUUUUUCUUCCCCAUCUAUGUAUAUUAUGCUGAGCUAGACCUGUUUUUUUUUAUUGCAUUUUUAAUUUUUUUUAAGUAGGGACACUUCAUCGACACUAGUUUUUGGAUGGACCGUGCACGAGUCUGUCCAGAUCAUUUCUGCUUUUGUGUGAAUGAAAAUAAAAAGAAAAGAUGCCCGA